AUGCCGAUACUACUCUUACUUUUCAUGAUUCUUAAAAAUUCUUGGCAAAACUGUAUUUGGCCAGAUGUUGAUGCAUUAUUCAUUUUGGAUUCAACAGAAUAUAUCACAUCCUUCCAACAUCAAUCAGAAGUUGAUUUUUUGCGAAAAGUUAUGGGAACAAUGAAAAUGGCAAACUCGCGUAUUGCUUUGGCUCAAUUCACACCUGGUGCAUCUAUUGGAAUGUCUUUGGCAAAUACAUCUUAUCCAGAAUCACGAAUCCAAGAAUUACAAUAUAUUCCAUGUGAAGAUAAUAAAUGUGAGCCAACAAGUAUUAAUUCAAUUGCUCGAGCUGCAAUGACAUCUUCAAAUCGAAAAGCAACGCCAGAUGUUAUUCUAGUCCUUUCAAAUAGUCAACAUCCAUUAGAAGAAGUUGUAAGAUUUCAUAGAUGUGUAAAUGAGUAUGCAAAUGUUUUUUUUUCAAUUUUCAGUUGCGCAACGAGCCAUUAAUUUCACCAGUCUCUCCACUUCAUGUUUUCUAUAUUGUGGUUGGGAAUCAAAUGAGAGUUUCAAGAUUUGAACCAUCUGCGCAUACAGUAGGAAUGAAAGUUAUUGAUUUUGAAUAUCUUCCCGAUUUGGUUCUUCCUUUAUGUCAAAGUGUUAAUGGUUAUGUAAAAGGUAUGGGGGUUACAGAUAUAAUUUGGGAUGGGGAUACAUGAAUCAAUCUGAAAAGUCUUAGCACUUCUGGGACUGUGAAACUAUCAAAGUUUUGUUUUUAGAAAAUCAAGAACGAUGAGUUUCUAGAAAAAUUAUUCUUUAUUACCUGUUUUUAAAAAUCUGAAUUUUGACAACUCCCGAACACUUUUUUUUCUCACCAAUAUUGGUGAAAAAUCCUUCGUUCAUUUUAUACACCAAUGAGCGUUGUCAAGGACCAUCGGAGGUUGCCAUGUGGGACCUGAAAAAAACACACAAACAAUUUUGAACUACUAUACGACAUUUAUUUUCUCUGCUGAAUGUUUGUAUGAGUAAAGUAAUUGCUGAUAUUUCUUGGUGGAAUUUUUUGAAUUGGAAUUCGACAAGUUGUCAUCGACAAAACGUUGAGCAGACAGCGUUUUGGACUGUUCCAUGUACCCGAUUCAUUUUUUUUUUCAAUUUUCUGAUUUGUUUUAAUUUUAGGCAAUACUUCUACCAAAUUUGGGCCACUUUGUUGGAUUAUCAUUGGUUCAAUUAUUCUGCUAGGUUUGAUAGUUUUGGCUUGUCUUGCUUAUUCAAUUUACAUUUAUCACGAAGAAAAUCGCAAAUUACGUGCGAAAAUCUACGAACUCGAGAGAAAUUUGAGAAAACAGAACGAAUAUUUCACAACACAAUUGCAUACACAAAUGCAGCAACAAAUAUCGAAUGGCGAAAAAUAUGCGGAGGAUUUGAGAAAACAACAAGAUCAAAUGAAAAUGCAAUUGGAUCGACAGUUGGAAGCAGCUUAUCAGCAUCAAGGAAAGGUAAAAUGAAUUAUGGAAUUGACUGGAAAUUUAGAUUUUUAGGCGCACUGCCUCCCCAAAUCUACGUGUGUGUGGAAAAACGAAAAAUGUCUGGCACGCUCUCGCGAACACACACUCUCUCGCACACAACUUUUUACUUUUAUUUCGCGAAAACAGUGCAUAUUAGGAGCUGAUUUUUAUGUGUUUUUCAUCGGAACCACAAUAUGUGUUAUACAUAGUUCGAAAGAGAAUUUCUUCGGCUACAAACACAUAUGAAAUGUUAUAAAUGAAACCGAGAUAAAAAAAUAAAAAUUUCAUGCAAACAUGACAUGGUUUUUUGAAUUGUGUGAAAAACGCAUGUGUUUUUUGAUGACCUGGCUUAUUUUUUGAAUAUCGAAUAUAUGUAUAAUCGAGUCGUAGUUUUGUUCAGAAUCUCAAGGGCUUUCAGAUGGUAUAAAUCAAUAUUUAUGAAAUUGUGAAAUCAUGGAGGAGUAGGGAUUUUUCAGUAGUCAAUUUUAAAACGAAAUUUUCAUUUUCAUUUGAAAGGAACUCGAAUGAAGUUUACAUACGUUUUGAAGAGAAUUUUCGGGCUUCAAAAUCAUAUAUAUUUCUAUACACAAUAAUGGAAAUUGAAAGCACCGCUUUCGGUUGAAAACUCACCGCUGUUUUUUGCAACGCUACUGAACGCGGUUUGUUUGUUUGGUGCAAACCCAACAAGUUUUCAACCGAAAGCGGUGCUUUCAAUUUCCAUUUUUGUGUAUAGAAAUAUAUAUGAUUUUGAAGCCCGAGAAAUUCUCUUCAAAACGAAUGUAAACUUCAUUCGAGUUCCUUUCAAAUGAAAAUGAAAAUUUCGUUUUAAAAAUUGACUACUGAAAAAUCCCUACUCCUCCAUGAUUUCACAAUUUCAUAAAUAUUGAUUUACAUCAUCUGAAAGCCCUUGAGAUUCUGAAAAAACUACGACUCGAUUAUACAUAUAUUCGAUAUUCAAAAAAUAAGCCAGGUCAUCAAAAAACACAUGCGUUUUUCACACAAUUCAAAAAAACCAUGUCAUGUUUGCAUGAAAUUUUUAUUUUUUAUCUCGGUUUCAUUUAUAACAUUUCAUAUGUGUUUGUAGCCGAAGAAAUUCUCUUUUCGAACUAUGUAUAACACAUAUUGUGGUUCCGAUGAAAAACACAUAAAAAUCAGCUCCUAAUAUGCACUGUUUUCGCGAAAUAAAAGUAAAAAGUUGUGUGCGAGAUAGUGUGUGUUUGCGAGAGCGUGCCAGACAUUUUUCGUUUUUCCACACACACACGUAGAUUUGGGGAGGCAGUGGGGCGAGAAGAGCCAAUAGUUUAUUUGAAAGAUUCUGGAGUUGAAACUUCGCCGAGAAUCGAAGAUGUGAAAGAAACUCAAACUGAUGUUUUGAUUCUUGAUGAUCGUGUUGAAGAAAACUUGGAAGAAGAAGAAGAAAAUGCUCCGGAAGAUCCAAGUGAAACAUCUUCUGGAACAUAUGAGAGUACUGAAAUGGAUGAGGAAGAAAUCAACAGAAAAACACAUUUGGCAUUAGAUCAUCCUGCAAGAAGACUUCCACCUGUUGAUUUGAUGUUUCUAGUUGAUACUUCGAGUAGCAUUGGUAUUAAUAAUUUUGAUAUUGUAAGUUUUGAUAGAGAAUUUAUAGAAUUGAAAAAAAAAUUGAUUUAUCAAUUUUUCAGCAAAAGAAUUUCAUCUGCGAGAUUUUGAAAGAUGUUGAUAUUGCGCCCGGAAGAUCAAGAGUUGCCAUGGUUCAAUAUGCGCAGGAUCCUUCAGUUGUUUUCAAUUUUGAUCAAUAUUAUUCGUAUCAAAGUGUUCGAAAAGGAGUUAUGAGAUUGUCAUAUACUGGAGGAGCAACAAGAUUAUCGAAAGCUUUGGCAUUUGUUGGUGGAUUGAUGUAUCACGAACAGAAUUUGAAAAAGGUUAUGAAAAAACACAAAUAUUUACCGACUCCAAAACAUGAUCGAAUUCAAAUGCUUUGUUUAGUUUCCGAUGGUUAUUCUGAUGAUGAUGCUGAUAAAGAAAGUAUUCUACUUCAUGAUCGACUUCAUAUCAAAAUAUUUGCAGUUGUCACAAGAAGUUUCAAUAAAGACAAAUUGAUUCCGAUAACUCGAUUUGAGGGAAGUGUAUUCACAGUUCAUCAGCGAGAAAGUGUUGCGAUUUGGAUGUGGAGACAGCAAAAAAUAUGGGCUGAACAUUAUAGCGAAUUUAUUGAAAAAGAGAAGCGGAGACAAAAUAGACGAGAUGUUUGA